UGAACUAUGACCCAAAAACUCUGCUUAAACUCAGAAAAGCUAGCUUCAUUCCGACUGAGAGUGACAGAGUUUUCGUAGCCGAGCUAUGUCCACAUGACAUUAUGAAGUCAGCGUUGAAGACAAGUAGAGGGACUUUGCUGUGAAACGUGCAGGACAUAAAUCGACGUCAAAGCAGCACAGUUUAUCCUUAACAUAAAACAGACAACGUUAUCACGGCCACAACAAUGCACUUGUCCUUAGUUUGCCUCGCCAAGCCUAUUCUUCAUGGAUACUUCAGAAGUUCCUGCUCAUGGAGGGUUCGCAUUGCUUUUGCUCUUAAAGGCAUUGAAUAUGACCAGGUUCCAGUCCAUCUGAUCAAAGAUGGAGGUCAGCAGCUUACUGAACAGUACAAGACAUUAAACCCUAUGCAACAAGUGCCUGCAGUAGAGAUUGAUGGCAUCACCCUUUCUCAGUCACUGGCAGUGAUCCAGUACAUCGAUGAGACCAGGCCAGGGCCUCGGCUUCUCCCAGAAGACCCAAAGAAACGUGCUCAGGUUCGGAUGAUAAGCGACGUCAUUGCCUCUGGGAUACAGCCUCUGCAGAAUUUGUACGUGAUUCAGAAAAUAGGAGCAGAAAAGGUGCAGUGGGCUCAUCACUUUAUUGAUCGUGGCUUUCAAGCUCUUGAGCCCAUUCUGAAGCAAACAGCAGGGAAAUAUUGUGUAGGUGAUGAGAUAUCCAUGGCUGACAUCUGUCUGGUGCCACAAGUCUACAACGCAGAGAGGUUCAAAGUGGAUCUCGGGCAGUAUCCAACGAUCAAAAGGUUAAAUCAAGUCUUACUUCAAAUUGAAGCUUUCAAAGUGAGCGACCCAUCAUGCCAGCCGGACACACCUGCUGAUCUACGGGCAUAGAACAACUCAGCAGUUUUAUAACAACUUUGUACAUUGCUAAAUAAAAUGCUUUGAAAAUAA